AAAGUUGAGGGAGAAGUGGUCAUUAGUGCCAAAUAAGCAUUCGAAAGCACAUUGAAAAAGCCAUAUCGAUAGACUUAAGGAAAAUAUUGUCAUGGAUCGUUUCGAAAUGUGGAGAAACAAAGUUAAACUUGUUCUAUUAGUGGGAACAAUUCUUUGUCAUGGAGUGACCGCCAGUCCGCCUCAAAAGGAAGAAGUUGGAGAAAUUGGUGCCACAAAUCUCGAGCCGUCUAGUCAGAAACUUUGGGACUUGGAUCCCUUUGGUUCUGAUAAUGGCAGUAAUGACGUAGUGUAUAGCGAUUACAUCUUAACGCCUGCCUUUCCUUCGUUCUCGAACGACGAUGAGGAGUUGCCUCGGAACGUUGAACAGACGGAUGACGCGUCGGAGAGGAGAAAACGAUUUCUUAACUUCUAUGUUGGAAUUGGAUUCAGGAAGAAAUACCGACGUUAUGGAAGACGAAAUUUUUAUUAUGGACGCUGAGUGAUCAUUUCCCAUUGAACAGAACACCUGCAAUCUCUAAAGUUUACGUUGUAAUUUUUUGAGAUUAGCUUACGAAAUUAUUUUGACUGAUACCAAUAAAUUGUGUGCAAUGUGUGUACGGAUAAUAAAGCACCUCAAUAAGUGUACAAAUCAUUA